GGCGGCUGUAUGAGGCAACUUAGGUACAGGCUACCUCGUCAGUCAAAGCAGGCCUUUCAGUUUCACAGGCUUUCUCAGGCGGUUCCUGUUCCACCUCUUCCUCAUACUAUGCAAAGCAUCAACCGCUUCCUGUACGGACCAACGCCAGAAGAGAAGGUGCGAGCAUGGCAGGCCAAGCUACGUGCAGAGAGCCGACAACUUGAUAGGGAGAUGAGGCAGCUUGAUAUGGCGACGAAUAAAGCGCGUACCACUGUGAAACAGCUUGCCUCUAAAGGGGACAUCAAGUCUGCCCGCAUACUGGCUAGAGAAGUUGUACGAAGCAACAAACAAAAGGAACGCUUAUCUGUGAGCAAAGCGCGUUUAGGCUCCAUCGGAAAUCAGUUGACGCAACAAAUGGCAAUGAUGAAAGUGACUGGUGCGCUGCAGAAAUCGACUGAGAUAAUGAAACUUUCCAGUGCUUUGGUCAAGUUACCGCAGAUCAGUCAAGCCAUGCGAGAAGUUAGCAUGGAGAUGACCAAAGCUGGGAUCAUGGAGGAAAUGCUCGAUGAUGCCCUUGAACUCGAUGACGACGAAGAGCUAGAAGAGGAGGCAGAUGCUGAGGUCGAUAAGGUGCUAUUCGAACUCACAGAUGGAAAGUUGGGAGUCGUAGGCUCCGUUGGGACAGAGCUACCGUCGUUACAGGACAAGCUAGAAGAGGAGGAGACAGAGAGGACGAUGGAGCAAUACCGGCAGCAGCUCAAUGGCUUAUUGAGCGGUUAGUUGUUGAUAUCCUAUUACCAUUCAAAUUGCAACACAUCUUCCCUUUGUAUUACUAUCUGCCAUGAUCUUCUUGUGCGCGGUGUGUAUAUUAGAUUCAUCGUAUAGUGUACAAUUUUUCUAUGCAAGUAUAGUCAACU